UGUUUAGACAGAAAGACAUCAAAUUUCCUCUCCUGUCAGAAGAGUCAGGCAUUGAGAGGCUCUAUUUGCUGUGGGAUGUAAUUAACUAUUAAGUCAGAGCCUGGUUUGUUGAACCUUCAGAAAGAAGGUUACCUUGGUGGGACAACAGCGAGAGGAUGGAGGCAUCUGAAGAUUCUCCAAUUUACAUCCAGAGGCUGUUGUGAACCCAAACACCACCACCAUGACGGUAAGCCAUCUCCUGCUGUGUGUCUACAUCCUCACCUUCAUACUGGGGUUCCCUGCCAACAUCCUGGCCUUCUGCACCUUCUGCGUCAAGAUGCGUCGCAAACCGACCCCCAUGGACGUCCUCCUGUUAAACCUCACCAUCUCCGACCUCAUCUUCCUCACCUUCCUGCCCCUGAAGAUUAAGGAGGCAGCAGACGAUAUGUGGUGGAACCUUCCUUCCGUCCUGUGCCCGGUCUCCAGCUUUUUCUUCUUCUCCUGCAUCUACACCAGCACGCUCUUCCUGACAGCGGUGGCUGUGGAGCGCUACCUGGCCGUGGCGUUCCCCAUCCAGUACAAGGUGUGGCGCAGGCCUCGCUACGCUGUGAUAGCGAGCGUCCUCUUCUGGCUGGUGUCCGGCGUCAACCUGAGCAUCACUUACCUUGUCCCCAUCAUGCAUACGGACAAUGGCACAAGCACAGUGGCGCCGGACGUCCAGAAACCCAGUAAAUGUUACGAGAACUUUGAAAACGACCAGCUGUCGAUUAUAGUGCCUGUGCGUUUGGAGCUCUUCCUGGCGCUCUUCCUCGUCCCUUUCCUCAUCUGCUGCUUCUGCUACAUUAAUUUAAUCCGCAUCCUGUCCCAGCUGCCCAGCAUUACCCGUGAGCGUCGUCUGAGGGCCGUGGGACUGGCAGUGGUCACCCUCCUGGUGUUUACCGUCUGCUUUGCGCCCUACAACAUCUCCCACGUGGUGGGCUAUGCGCGCGGUAAGAGUGAACAUUGGAGAGACCUGGCACUCAUCUCUACCACGCUCAAUGCUUGCUUGGACCCCAUGAUCUUCUACUUCUCCUCCUCUACGGUACGUAAGGCCAUCAGUUGCUGCCUGCAAGGUCUGAUGAAGAAACUGCACAUCGUCCGCUGCCCACGAGCUCAGUGCUGCCCCCCCAUGGCUGCUGCUAGACCUGACAUACCUGACAUAUACAUAGAGACAAACCCUCCCAACCCAAAUACCUGAAUAUGGACAGCAUUUACACUUUGACCACCCAUGACACACACACACACACACACAUGCACAUGCAUACACACACUGUUAUCUGCUACUGUACACAUAAGUUGUUGUUUUUGUUAUAGGUUAUUGUUUUUAGAAGGGACAUUUUAUACAUAAGUUGUUGUAUGAUUACUAAAAUGGGACUGUAAAUAACUAUGCAUCUGAGAACUUUCACACAUGCAUG